GUCAACAAUGUCAGACGCGCGUCAUGUUUUGUGUUUUUUUACUGAAAUUAACAAAUAAUAGAGUGAUGCGGUAGAAAUGAAACUUGAAGUAUGUCUACUCCUAACGUUGGAGCUGGUAUAUGCCCUCCGCCGCGGCCCGCACCACCCUCACGGGCAGACCCCGGUGGACUCACACCAUCACCACUACAAGCCCAGGGGGUCGGACACCCUUACUGCUGACUCUCAACUGUUGCAUGAUGCCAGACACAUAGAAGAGGAUUCUAAGGUUCUUACCCCUGAGAAGUUAGCAAGUAUGACUCCUGAGGAACUGGAGUUCCACUAUUUCUCCGCUCACGACUUUGACAGGAAUUCCAUGUUAGAUGGACUAGAAUUAUUGAAGGCAGUGUACCAUACGAUCGAGCAUGAGACGCCCGAUCCUGAUGCCAUGUCUCCUAUAGAACCAGAGGCUAACGAUCUUGAGAGUUACAUUGCUCUGGUAGACCGAACCCUCGCAUCGGACGACACCGACGGCGAUGGGUUCGUCUCCUAUGCGGAGUAUCGCGCAGCGCGGGCCAAUCAGCCAGAUCGCUCGGCCAGGGUGGUGGCAGCCACUACAUAGGCUUCAGAUUUCAGUGACUGGCCUUUAGUCUUCACGUCACGAUGUUUUCCUACACCAAAAGCCAUUUCCCUAUGAAAACUACCGUACUAGAUUAUGCCGGCUGGGUGAAUUUUCGAAUAUUUUGACCGCCAUAAUUACUUUCAUUCAAAUUUUAACAAAGACAAUCUAUUAACUACCUAAUUUAUGAAUCUGUGUUGGGGGUAGUGUAAAAUUUUACUUUGGUGAUAAAAAGCUCACACAUACAAACUAUGUAAUGUACACUCCUAUAAAUGGGCAGAUUAUGUCGGUUAUACACUAUCGGCAAACAGUUCGUCGAAAUUGGCGGUCUCAAUGUAUAUAGCUGGUUUUUCUCUGCGGUGACGAAAAGCUCGCAUACAAACCUCGUAAUGUAUACGAUACCGAUAGUGUGCAGAUAACGUGAUGUUACGUCUACAGCAUCUAUGUGAAUUUGCAAGAUUCAUUAUGAAGGUAUACUGACAAUACGAAUCUCCAUACAUUCACAGUGGACAGCUAAAUGCGAGCACCAGCUAGCAUCUUUGCGACUAGAACCUCGGCCCUAAAGAACAGUGGAGUUCUCGAUAGUUUGACAGAUUAAUAGUAUGAAAUUAUGUCGAUGGCACUACUGCUUUUAUAUUCCUUUUGGAAUAUCAAGGAGUGACAAUACUGUUGGAUUUAAUGAUAUCGUCAAUGAAGACUCAACAUGGCCUAUGUGUGCAAUGUUAUGUGAAGUAGUAGUAUAAGUGUGUAAAUAAAUAAUGUUGUGUAUAUACA